UGGGGGGCUUGCCCGCACCACCUACUGGUCUCAUAAUGAAAUUACACUCAUUUGAAAAAAAACGGCAUGGCGGGAAUGACAGCGAACGUCUUCUACGGCAGCUCCCGACACAAACAUGGACAAGGGGGAAUGUCCUUUUCGAGAGCUGAACGAUUGCUAACUGCAAUCACAAAUGACUCUGAGAUUGAAGAUUUGUCAGAUGGUGAAGAGGAUGACCCUGCUGUGGGUGAAAUCACUCCAUGUGAAGCAACUGUGGAGCAACCUGAUGAUUCUGAUUCAGAUUAUCAACCUGAUGCUGCUGACAUAAGUGAAGAUACUGACAGCGAUGCGAGUGAACCACCACAUAAACAACAGCAUCUUUUUUCUGAUGAACCUCACCAGGAUGUGCAAGGUCGCAGGGCAGGACCAAGAAAUAGAAAUAGAGAGUACUGGAAGUGUGCUCCAUUCAACCCUGUUUUAGUCCCAUUUCAAGGAGCUGAUGAACAACAAGACAAGCGAGCAGAUAUGUCGCCGGUGCAGUACAUGGAACAUGACACAAUGAGACGCGACCGAUUCUUCAAGCUGAGGAGCCAUCUGAAGGUGGUAAUUGAUGACGACAUUCCCGAAGACAGGAAAACAGACAAAUUCUGGAAGGUGAGGCCUUUCAUGAAUCGCAUACUCAAAGGCUGCCAUGCUCAGGCCCGACCAGAAUCCGUCUCAAUAGAUGAACAGAUGAUACCAUUCACUGGAGCCUGUCCGUUCCGCCAGUAUGUGCCGCUGAAGCCAAAUCCAGUUGGCAUGAAGAAUUUUGUCCUGGCAACAGCAGAUGGUGUCGUUCUCGACUUUGAAGUUUACCAAGGUUCAAAGGCACUGGCUGCACAGGUGCCGGACGCAGAAGGAUUGGGUUUGGGAGCCCUGGUUCUCAAACGCCUGACAAAAACAGUACAUCCUGGUACAAAGGUGUACUGCGAUAGGUUCUUCACCACCACAUCAGCUGUGGAAUCCAUGCUGGAGAAGCAAGUGUACCUAACUGGUACAGUUAUGAAGAACAGGAUCCCAAAAGCAAUGCAGAAGCUCCCAACUGACAAGAUCAUGAAGCAGCAAGGCAGAGGUACCGCCGCAUCAGUUGUCAGGGGAGAUGGGAAACUAAAUGUUGUAAAAUGGUUUGACAACAAGCCGGUCCUGAUGCUCUCUACUGUCCAUGCUAAAGAGCCAGAGGAUACCUGCCAGCGGUGGUCCAAGAAGGACAAAUGCUACCUAACCAUCACACGACCAAAUAUUGUACAAGAGUACAAUGCAAAGAUGGGUGGGGUAGACUUGUCUGACAGAAUGAUGAGCUACUACAGGAUGAGGGUGCGAACAAAGAAGUGGACGAUUCGCAUGGUUAUGCACUUCAUGGAUCUUGCUCUGGCCAACAGCUGGCUGCAGUAUCGCAGAGAUCAUCAAGAACACAAUACCCCAAGAAAGGCCAUCAUGACGUUCCUCACGUUCCGCAUGGACGUGGCUCAGGUGUUCCUCAACAAGUGUGAUGUCACACAUGCAGAGGAAGAGAGUGCAUGCUGUCCAAAAACUGGCCAAACAUCCCUGGUCACUCCAAUCCCCCACAUCUCAGCGCGCACAACUUCUGCUGCUCAUCUGCCGGAAGUUGCUGAUCUCAAGAACCCGAUGCGUUGCAGACAACAAGGCUGCCAUGGGAAAUCCCGUGUACGCUGUCUGACAUGCAAUGUGUUCCUUUGCCUGCAAAGUCAGCGCAACUGCUUUGAAGCCUUUCAUGGAGGCCAGUAGGACUACUUGAAUACUUGAAUGUUUGUUUGAGUUUGCUAUGACACGUUCAUAAUGAUGUUUAUAAAUGUUGCACUUUUCCAUGCAAAGCCUUUCACAGAGGCAAGCAGGAAUACUUGAAUUAUUUACUGAGUUUGUUAUGACAUGUUAAUACACUUUGCACUUUUCCAUACAAAAGCAACACACUGUUUGUUGACAGUAUAAAAUAAACUUUUGUACUUUGUUAA